UGUAAACAGCGGUCGUACGUUAGCUGCUGGUUAGCUACGUGGCUAAGCUAGUUAACUCUUCAGUAACUACCUCCGUCCUCCUGCACUUUGGACUUCCAUCCCCGGGUUUAAAUGGCUGCUGUGGCCCUGAGGUGCACCGCGCCGUGGCGUUUUGUCAAAAUAAGAAGUUUGGUGCGGUCCAUCAGUCCCGGCCUGACGUUCCACACCGCCGCGGCUCCCAUGAUGGGUGCGACUGUGGAGCAGUUUGAACAGGCGAAGAACAAACUGUCGACGCUGAAGAAAGACCCGGGCAACGAGGUGAAGCUGAAGAUCUACGCUCUCUUCAAACAGGCCACUCAGGGUCCCUGCAACACACCCAAACCCGGCAUGCUGGACUUUGUAAACAAGGUGAAGUGGGACGCCUGGAAGUCGCUGGGCUCGAUACCUCAGGAUGAAGCCCGGCAGCAGUACUGCGACCUGGUGUCCUCCCUGGAGCAGGCGGAGGGGGGAAGCGUGGCCGCCGCCCCCGCGGCGGGCGCCGCAGUGUACGACACGCUGGAGGUGACCACGGAGGACGGCAUCACCACCAUCAAGUUGAACCGGCCGGACAAGAAGAACGCCAUCACCACAGAGAUGUACGACCACAUCAUCGCAGCUCUGGAGAGUGCAGCUAAAGACGACUCGGUCCUCACUGUUGUCACUGGCGCUGGAGAUUUCUACUGCAGCGGCAACGACCUGAGCAACUUCACCAAGAUCCCUGAAGGAGGCGUUGAGGAGAUGGCCAGUCGAGCAGGAGACCUGCUGAGAAAGUACGUGCGGGCUUACAUCGACUUCCCCAAACCUCUGGUGGCCGUGGUGAACGGACCGGCUGUGGGAGUCUCUGUCACCGUGAUGGGACUGUUUGACUUGGUGUAUGCCACAGAGAGGGCUACCUUCCACACUCCGUUCAGUCAGCUGGGUCAGAGCGCCGAGGGCUGCUCCUCCUACACAUUCCCUAAAAUCAUGGGCGCAGCUAAGGCCAACGAGAUGCUGCUGUUCAAUAAGAAGCUGACGGCGACUCAGGCCUGCGAGCUCGGCCUGGUCACCGAAGUUUUCCCCGACAGCAGCUUCCAGUCCGAAGUAUGGACCAGGCUGAAGGAGUACGCCAAGCUGCCGCCCAACUCUCUGGCCCUGUCGAAGCAGCUGAUCCGCUCGGUGGAGAAGGAGCGUCUGUACGCGGUGAACGAUGCGGAGGUGGAGCGUCUGAAGGAGCGGUGGCUGUCCGACGAGUGUAUGAACGCCAUCAUGGGCUUCUUCCAGGCCAAAUCCAAACUCUGAGUGAGAGAGAGCGAGAGGUGGGGGUUAACUGGUGAUGUCUCAUGUUGUAAAGUGAAGCUGGUAGAGCAUCAUGGUUUGUCUGACCCUGGAGGAGGAAACGUGACGUUUCUGUUGGACUUUAGCUUCUCACAUCAAACUCAGACCGGAUCAGGUGGAGCCGUCACGUCGUGAUAAUCUGACACUUUCUGUAAAUGUAGCUCCCAGUCAGUCCUCCUUCAAACAGCAUUUUAUCACACAGUGAAGGUGUUUCUGUUUAUAUGAAGCUUUAGUUGUUUCUGCACUCAUUAACUGAAAAGCAUUUAAAAUCUGAAACGGUGAUAACUAGUCUCCUCGAUAAGACAUCAGAUUUUAUGAAAGAUUCUCAUUUUCUCUGCAAUACUUUCAAAAACUGUUUAUCAUGUUCAUAAUAUUUAAACUAAAACUGCAGAGAGGAAAAAAAACUUGCAUUUUUUGAAUUUAUGUACAUUAAAAUCAGUGAAGAGGAAAAAAAGCCAUUUAAAAAAAAUGUUGAGGUUUGAUCUUAUUUUCUGGAGAAGUCAAAUUAGAAGAUUAAGAUAAAACAUUAAAAAAAAUCCCACAAUUGAAUCUGUGAAACCUUUGUGAAUGACUUCAAAUAUUAAGUUUUUUUUAACCUCUUUAUAGUUAAGUUUAAAGUCACGAACAUGUAAAAUACAGAUUUUGACAAUAUUAGGAGAAAAUGUUUCAUUAGAUCUGAUUUUUGUAAACGAUAGUUUUUCCAGAUGAACCUGAACUCAGAACCACAGAAUCCAUGAAGUUUAAAAAUAAAAAAAAAAGCUCUUUUCUCAGUGAAAGGAAAAAAAGGAAAAAGAUAUGUUUCUCCAGAAUACUGGUGAGAAACAUGUAAGUGAAAUAACAUUGAUGUGAACAUUGACUUGAAAAUGAGGGAAAAAGUUUAAAUGUCAGAAAACAUUCAGUUUUUUUUACCGUUGGUGCUGCUGAUUCCAUUACUGAGUAACCUGUCAGUGUUUCUUUUCACAUGAUUGAGUCCAGUUUGUUCUUUAAAGUGUCGUCUGGAAUCUGAGGAUGUUUGGUUUAAUCUCCACAAACAGAAGAUUGUCUGUGAUCGUUGUGAAAAGAGUCGGAUCGUGAGGUUUGAGUCUGUUUCCAGAAGAAUCUGUAGAUGAGCUUCCUGUCGGUUCGGAGAUUUCCUGUUAGUUAAAGUGCCUUAAACGCUUCUGUAAAACCACCGUCUGCCUCAACUAACGGAUCAAUAAAAGCUCUGAAGUGAAUGAUCAAACACUGAAGCAGAGUUU